UGUCACAAAGAAUGGCUCAGGAAUAAAAGACUAUUAUCACUGACUACCAGCCAAGUCUUUAUUCAAUAAUCGAUCGAGGGAGCUGAGAGAUUGGGGGUUAAUGUCAAAGGAAUAGCUUGCUGUUGUCUGCUAGACUGAGAUUUCUUUGUUGGUCGGCAUGGGCAGCCGUAGCUUGCUAGCUCUGUUCAGCUUGCUGAUCGCGUGGUCUUUGGAGUCUGAAGCACAACUCUUAGGUUGCCCCCCCAUCGAUCUUGGAAUAUUGUUGGAUAGUUCAGGAAGUCUUGAUCUGCCUGGGUACGACAACGAAGGAAGCAUAGAGACGUUCGUGAAGGAACUUGUUGGUAAUUUCGAUAUUAACCCUGGUAUAAAUGGAACUCACGUUGGGAUAGUCCAGUUUGACAGCUCACCAAAGUUGCUGUAUAAAUUUACUCAAACUCAAACUCCUGCUGCUGUGGAAGCUGCAAUAGAGUCAUACAAAAUUGGAGAUGGAAGUACAAUGCUUAAUAGAGGCAUUAAUACGUGUAAUAAGGAACUUUUUCAAACAUCAGAGGGAAUGAGAGGACCCGAAUAUAAAAAGGUGCUGAUCAUUUUCACGGAUGGUAAGCAGACACAGAUAAAUGAAAGGCAACCCAUAAAUCCAAAAGAUAACACAAAGGUUCUCAAAGACAAGAAUGUAACGGUUUUCUCUGUUGGUGCUGGUACUCCUGAUCCGAUCGAACUGUAUGAAAUGUCCUCUGGAUAUCCCUUUGUUGUACGGUUGGACUUAAGGGAUCCUACAAAAGCCGUUCCUCCCAUUAUCAACCAGUUGUGCCAAGUUGAAGUUACGGUGUAUGGACCAAAAGGUGCACCCGGAGGAACAGGAGAAAGGGGUUUUCCGGGAUCUCGUGGAUUCCGUGGCGAGACAGGACCAAGUGGACCCCCGGGACCUGUUGGUAUAAGAGGACCAACUGGGCCUUCAGGACCUCCUGGACCACCAGGGCUACCAGCUGCCCCAGGUUCAAUAACAGCUACUCUUAAUGGCCUCAAAGGGCCAUACAUGGUGCCCACCAUAAUCUCUGCAGGAUCUAUCAUUCCUUCUCCUAUUGGAUUGCAAGGACGUCAGGGUCAAAGAGGAUCAAUUGGUGCUAUUGGGGUUGCUGGAAUAACUGGACCGGAUGGAGAACCAGGAAUUCCGGGAGCUGUUGGACCGCUUGGAGCCAGAGGAGAUGCUGGAUUCCCUGGGAUUGACGGAGACCCUGGACCUAAAGGACAAACUGGGCCCCCAGGCUACCCAGGAAGUACGGGGGGUAUAGGUGAUGUCGGUGGAACAGGUGCCCAAGGAUCAAGAGGUCCAAAAGGUCGAAGCGGAAGGACUGGAGCUGAGGGAGAGAGAGGAGAAGAUGGUGAUGUGGGUCAAAUGGGAACAGUGGGUCGACCAGGGAAGGAUGGCGAAAUGGGUCAGCAAGGCAAGAGCGGAUUUUCUGGAACAGUCGGAAAUCGAGGACAACAAGGUAUGCCAGGUGAGCAAGGUACGCCGGGAGAUGUGGGUGCACAGGGUGUUACCGGUCAAACAGGUUCCCCGGGGGCACCCGGUAUUGCGGGACAAAAAGGCUCUAAUGGCAAUCCGGGCUCUUCCGGUGACGUUGGCUACACUGGUGCUACUGGGGAUACGGGUCCUCAGGGACCCCAAGGAAAAAACGGAGAACUGGGAGAACAAGGACCAGGGGGUGAAAAAGGAGCCGAGGGUGCAGGGGGUGACUUCGGACCACCGGGAGAACAAGGAGAGCAAGGCCCCCCUGGAGAGCAGGGUGCCCCAGGGGAUACUGGGCCGACAGGACCACAGGGAGGCCUUGGUUCAGAAGGACUUCCCGGUAAAGCUGGAUCCCAGGGAGCCAAAGGAAAACAGGGUGAAACAGGUGUCCAAGGAGGCACAGGGUCGCCAGGUUCUGCCGGUAAAAAUGGUAGCCCGGGUGGGCUUGGUUCCCCUGGUACUUCAGGUUACACAGGAUCAAUGGGAGAAGCAGGCGCUCAAGGUGAAAGAGGGUCAAUCGGCGAGAAAGGAUUGCAGGGAAUUGUUGGAAAUCGAGGCUCAAGAGGAUCUCGAGGUCAAGCGGGCAUGCAGGGGGUACCAGGAACACAAGGCCUUACAGGAUCACAAGGAGAGCGGGGAAGUAGAGGUCGAAGAGGAUCGCAAGGAAAGGCGGGAAAACCUGGAACUCCUGGAGCGCUUGGCGAAAAUGGCACACCGGGAACAUCAGGCCAGAUGGGCCCUUCAGGAGUUUCUGGACCUACUGGAAUGCCUGGAGAAAAAGGAGCUCAGGGUGAGGAAGGUCCCCAAGGAACUCGUGGUGAGGCAGGACCAAUUGGGGCAAAGGGUGAGUCAGGACCAACUGGGAACCAAGGCUCACGUGGAUCGAUGGGAGAGCAGGGAAUUGAAGGCCCUGCUGGAGAAAGUGGAUCAACUGGAGAAGAUGGUGAUCAGGGACCCACGGGGACUCCAGGAGAUGUUGGAAAAGCUGGUUCUUCUGGAUCGGAGGGUGCAAAGGGAAAUGCUGGAACAAGUGGCCUGACUGGAAGAACGGGAGCGCCUGGGUCGUUUGGGUCACCAGGAUUAUCUGGAGAACAAGGACCUGAUGGACGAGUGGGGGAACGAGGCGAUGAGGGCAAAAGCGGCCCAGCGGGACCACCAGGGCCUAUCGGCGAAGUCGGUGAUGUUGGAAGUCAAGGACAGACGGGAGGUCUCGGAUCACCAGGACCUACAGGACCCCCUGGAGCAAGAGGAGGAGAGGGUGAUGCAGGACCAGUUGGUCGACGCGGCGAGAAUGGUGCUACUGGUCAAGCGGGUGUCAGUGGCGAACUAGGAGAACAAGGAAUGACGGGCGAUAUGGGCGUCAAGGGAAUUCCUGGGGACGAUGGAAUAAGUGGACAAAUCGGCGCUAGUGGAGGCUCAGGCCCACGUGGCGACCCAGGAACCAGCGGAUCAGCAGGUUACCCGGGUAGUCCUGGACCACCAGGUCCAGCAGGGAACACAGGAGUCACUGGGCCGAAUGGGGAAAAGGGCUCCUCUGGGGAGACUGGGCCGGCUGGUGGACCAGGGUCAAGUGGAACUGAGGGUGCGAUGGGUGACAUGGGACCCAAAGGAUAUCGUGGUGACAGUGGAGAAGAGGGUGGAGAAGGCCAACGAGGACCCAUGGGAUUACCUGGACCUUCGGGAGCAGCGGGGGCAAUGGGGAGUGAGGGAGUGGCAGGCACUAAUGGUCAACCUGGUAGAAAGGGUGAGGCAGGUAAUUUCGGAGGGCCUGGAGAUGGAGGACCCUCAGGAGCCAUGGGUCGCCCUGGACAAGAUGGACCACCUGGAGACCCGGGCUCCGGUGGACCAAGUGGAACAGCAGGACCCGCGGGACCAUCCGGACCACAAGGGGCUGUGGGAAUGCGGGGAAGCGUUGGUCCAUCUGGAUCAAGAGGAGCUGUUGGCAGCGAGGGAGCAAAGGGCGAGUUAGGAGAACCUGGAAGUGACGGCAAAGAUGGAGACCGUGGAUCUCUCGGAAUGGCAGGACAAGAUGGAAUGCAAGGUGCAACAGGUCGACUUGGAAACGAAGGUGAGGCAGGUGCAAGAGGAGAGCUGGGUACACCGGGACUUCAAGGGCCCAAGGGAGAUCAGGGUCAAAUGGGCGUACAAGGUGAUCAGGGAGCCCAGGGAGAGCCAGGUCUUGAUGGGUCUCAAGGUGAACAGGGCAGAGACGGAACCAGUGGUGAUGACGGAAACCCUGGACCAGAAGGGCCAAGAGGAACUACGGGAGAAGACGGAGAUCAAGGAGACCAGGGUGGACCUGGAGAAGAAGGAAGUGAAGGCCAGAGAGGAGAAAAAGGAGAAAGAGGCGAACUAGGGGAUCCAGGCCCAGAGGGAAGUCCAGGAUCUAAGGGCGCUCAAGGCGACAUCGGCCCUCCGGGGAGCACUGGAAAUGAAGGACCACAGGGAACUGACGGGGACCGGGGAAUCCCUGGAAUAUCGGGCGAACAAGGAGAAGUGGGCUCCAUAGGCCCAUCUGGUCCAUCAGGAGUCAAAGGUGAUCGUGGAAUACAGGGAACGGAAGGUCAACGGGGUGAUCCUGGAGAGCCUGGAUCACCUGGUCCAUCGAUUGCCCUCAGCGAUCUUGUGACAUCGUCAGGGUACACUGGCUUUGGAUCAUUGACGGAGGCACCGCAAGAUCCACCCCUUACGGCCGAAAAAGCGGGGACAGUAAAUCUUUAUAGAAGUCAAAAAUUGGUUGACGAUCCGGAGAUUGAUCCGCUAUCAAACUUUGUCACUCUAGUAAAGAAGAAACUUACGAUGAUGAAAAAGCCAAACGGCACAAGUAUAUUUCCCGCGAGGACCUGUAAAGACUUGUACAUGUCAUAUCCUGACCUCCCAAGCGGUUUUUAUUGGAUCGACCCUAAUGAUGGUCUACCUAACGAUGCCAUAAGGGUUCGAUGCGAACAGCCCUCUUAUUCAACUUGUCUCUACCCCAUGAGUGAUAGUGAGACCUUCACAACUGAAAAAAAGAAAUGGUUCACUGGUGCUGAUGGUUACAAAUGGUUAGGAAAGGAUCUGCGCAUGCUUAAAAAUAUUGAAUAUGUCAGCGAACCAAGCCAACUAGAAUUUCUCCGCUUGCUGAGUGACCGCGCCAGGCAGAGGAUCGUAUACAAUUGUAAAGACUCGGUGGCCUGGAGCGAUGAGAAAAACGAAUUUUCCAAAUCUGUCAAGAUUAAGGCUGACAAUGGAGUUGAAAUGCAUGCAGAGUCUUCAAAAAAGUUUAAGCCCAAGGUCAUCCUGGAUGAUUGUGCGGUCAAAGAUGGAAAGUGGCACCACACGGUACUAGAAGUGGACACCCCCAAACCACACCGCCUUCCCAUUGUGGACAUAGCAGCUUACGACAUUGGAGACAGCGGUGAAGAGUUUGGAAUAGAGAUUGAAAGACUGUGCUUCACUUAACAAAAUGUAAAGAGUCUUAAAAUAUUUCAUUUAUAGAAAUCUAUUUGUGUUUAUUACUACAAUUCAAACGAUUGGUUUUCUCCCUCCUAGAAUUUAUUUGAAGUCACUUAGAGUAUAGAACAUGAGAAUAACUUUUUAUCGUAUCUCGCUGCUGUGAGUUUGUUUCGCUCUAUUAGAAAGAAUUUGCAUCUGCGAGGUAUCACUAUUGGUCAAAACAACUCCAUUUAAAGCCGUUUUCAAUUGAGAGUCAUAAAACCAAAACCAAGGUGAUCACAACUACCAAUAAAAAAAGAGCAGCAUCAUCAUUAACCAAUGAGAACUCAGCGACCUGCUUUAUGCGUGGGAAAACACCAGUGACAAAGUUUGGAUUUGUUUUACUUUUGCAUUUAAUUGGUUGAGAGGGUGGGACAAGUUUUCUGGACCAAUCAAAAGGCGAAGUAAAGCAAACCCAAAGUAGUCCAGGAUCAUUCACGAUACUCUCUUGGAAAAUGCUCCAAGCCACUGCAACUACGAGUGUAAGUUUUCUCCCAGAAGAUUUCACUUUACAGUGAUUUUUUUGUCUUGUAAAAAGUUCUCCUUUGCAGGGAAGAUAGAAAAAAUAUGGCCAUUUUUCGUUGACAAAUAUCUCAUUAAUGUUUAUGUGACUGCAGAAGCUUCCGCGAAACGAAGAUGCUUUUCGAUUCAUUUAGAAACAUCAAAAAUGUUGCGCUUAUACCCAAGGGUAAGCUUAUGUAAGCCGAUAGAAAUAAGUUAUUCUGCAAGUUCUUAAAAUGGUUGUUUUUCUUCCUGAAUCUGAUGUUCAACAAUAAAGAUUGACACUUCUUUUA